GGUGUGGCUCCUCCGGGCAGAGCGCCGGCUCGGUUGGAGCCGCUGCCGCCCCGGGUGUCCGACCUGCUACAUUGCGCGAAGACCCUUCCGCACUUCAGCCAGGCGAUAGGCAGAGUCGGCCUGCCCAUGACCCAUUAGCCAGCUUUCCCUCUCUCACCUGUUGCCUGCAAGGUAAAGAAACCGGUGGCCCUAUCUAAAGGCCAUACCCCCUCCUUGAUAUGGAUCCCGACGAAGAGAUGGAAGAGCAGCCACAACAGACUGGAGACCCAGGACCUGGAGAGCAAGGUGGGGAAGCCAAGGAGAGUGCCAAGACCAUGCCCUGUGGGGCAACCCAUUUUAAGGGGGAAAUGAAAAAAUACGCAGUGACUGAUGACUACAAGCUGACCAAAAAGGUUCUGGGCUUGGGGGUCAACGGGAAGGUCCUGGAGUGCUACCACAAGGAAACUGGGCAAAAAUGUGCCUUAAAACCUCUGUAUGACAGCCCCAAAGCUCGCCAGGAAGUGGAUCAUCAUUGGCGUGCUUCGGGGGGCCCCCACAUUGUGCCCAUCUUGGAUGUUUAUGAGAACAUUCACCACAACAAGAGGUGCCUCCUCAUCAUCAUGGAAUGCAUGGAGGGUGGAGAGCUGUUCAGCAGGAUCCAGGAGCGAGGAGACCAGGCUUUCACAGAACGGGAGGCCUCAGAGAUCAUGAGGGAUAUUGGGACUGCCAUCCAGUAUCUGCAUGCCAUGAACAUCGCCCACAGAGAUGUUAAGCCUGAAAACCUUCUGUACACAUCCAAGGGAAAAAGCACAGUACUCAAGCUCACAGAUUUUGGAUUUGCCAAGGAGACUACUCAAAACACCCUGCAGACGCCAUGCUACACUCCUUAUUAUGUGGCUCCAGAAGUUCUAGGCCCUGAAAAGUAUGACAAGUCGUGUGACAUGUGGUCACUUGGGGUCAUCAUGUACAUUCUUCUCUGUGGCUUUCCUCCAUUCUACUCCAAUACGGGACAAGCUAUUUCCCCUGGAAUGAAGAGAAGAAUUCGAAUGGGCCAAUAUGGAUUCCCUAGCCCAGAGUGGUCUGAUGUCUCUGAUGAAGCCAAGCAGUUGAUUCGCCUCCUGCUGAAGACAGAACCCACCGAGAGGAUGACCAUCACUCAAUUUAUGAAUCAUCCCUGGAUUAAUCAAUCAAUGGUGGUACCACAGACCCCUCUUCACACUGCCCGGGUACUUCAGGAGGACAGAGAUCACUGGGAUGAAGUGAAGGAGGAAAUGACCAGCGCUUUGGCCACCAUGCGGGUGGACUACGACCAGGUGAAAAUCCAAGACUUGAAAACCUCCAACAACCGACUCCUCAACAAACGACGCAAGAAGCAAGCAGGAAGCUCCUCUUCAUCUCCAGGGUGUAAUAAUCAGUAGGAAUAAAGCGGAGAAUCUUGAGGACGUGGGCUUGGAGGACAGAAAAGAUCUUCUGUGGAAAUGAGCAGAGGUCUGGAGUUUCAGCUCUCCAAGCCCUACCCCAUCAGCCUGAGGCCUGGCAUGGAAAAAAUCAAGAACUGGGCUUCAUGGUAGUGGGAGAAUGUGUCCCUAAGCGUGAUGUGAAUGGGCCUAGAUUUUUUUUUUUUAACUGUGUCUCUCUCUGGGCUGUGAGGGUGUGAUUUUUGUGUUUGUGUUUUUAAGUGAAGUGUUGUUUUAAUUCCAUUAUCACUCCAUAGUUUCGUGUCUUACUAAUGACCAUUGGAAGAAUCCUAGUUUGGAGAUGUAGCUUUAGCCAUGCAGGUGAUCUUGGACUCCAGUAGUUCGUAGGCACAAGAGAACCAGUUCUGAAUGAGAUUUUUCUUUUAGUUGUUCAGGAUGAGGACUCUCCCCUAGUUAGACUGGGGUUUCUGACAAGCUAGACGGAGAUGCCCGUGUGCUUGGUCUCUGUAGUGUGGUGCCACAGACUCUUCAUGGUUCUUUUAGAAUAAAAAAAAGCCUGAGCAUUUUCCGAUUAGCUCUUUCAGUGCAAUCAUGGUUCUGAACAAGAUUGAGGUUUUGAUCUCUUCUGAAAUGACUUGGUUUAAGAAAGCAGAUGGAGUACCUUUUCUUUUCCCGUUACUUUUCCAGUUAGGCAUUUUCAUCAUGUUCCAUAACAGGCCAGCUUUUAGACUCAGUUCCCCAAAGGGCCUCUUGUUUCAUGCUUGGAAGCUGUUCCAAGUACAAAUGGAGCCCAGUGGUGGUGUCAAAAUACUAUCCACCUCAUCCCUUCCCUAAAAAAUAGCAUCAUGACUGGUAAUGCAGUAGCAGCAAGAGAGCAGGAUAGUUUCUCAUCCCUUAAGAAUAUUUUUACAGUUCCUUUGCCUCUUGGGCAGGAAGACCAGGCCUGCAAAUCUGCUGUCAGGCAGUGUUGAGCAAGUGAAGGUAGUCUAGAUUUGUAGAUGCAGACUUGGCCAAGGUGUUAAUUUUACUACCUGAGCAAUAUCUAAAUCAUGUAAACUUUGAGUGUGGGGUUACUUUUGAGCCUGUGAAUAUGUUACAAAAACCAGCACUGCGAUGCUUUUUUAAUUUUAAAGGUUUGUACAGCAAAAUUUCCCCUCAGACUGGUGUUCUCUUCAAGCCUUUACAGCAAAAUUUUGUAUGAUGCAGGAAUGAACAAUGUUCCUGUUGUGCCUUGGAUACUACAUGAGCAAGAUGCCACAGGCAUUCUUCUCAAAGGGGCAUUUAGAAUUGGUACACUCAGAGGAAGGCUGGAGAAACAGGGCUGUAUUUCAAGUCUCUGUGGCUUCUGCCGUGAUCUGCGACUACUGUUUGAUCUUAUUACAGGCUGUUAAGCAUGGGUCUUCCAGGACAGAUUGGGGCUGGCAGAAGUACCUGACAAUUUCAAGCCUUCCAGAGAAGACCAACUGCCCACAUUCCAUGCGGGCCCCAUGGCAAUUGGCCAGUUGAUGAAAGGCCAAUCUUUAGCCCCGCUACUCUUUUUGAAUUGGCACAUUGUUGUAAAACCCCACAUUAAAGAAAAUCUCCAUGAGGCACUCACCUAUUCUGACCCCUUGCACAUGCACACAUGCACAUGUACUCCAUACUGUAACCAAACAGGCUCACAUUUUUGAGUGAGUGACCCACGGUUCCCUAACAAUGUUCCAGUCAAAACAUGGAGUGAAAAUACAUAGUAUGGCGGACCUGGGUGCACACACAAGAAACAGAAGAUACAGUUUCUGCCCUCAAGGGCCUUGCAGUCUAAUGGGGACUUGCCCAAGGUCACACAGCAGACAGGCUGCAGAGCUCGGGCUAGAGGUUUGCUUAGAAGUUAGUUUGAUUCUAGGCUGGGGAAGAAGGCUAUUUUAAUUUUGACAAAUGAACUUGGCAAAAGUCUCAACAGUGCUACCAAGCCUUAACAGGUCUAACUAACCGUGGGAGAAAAACCGACUUAUGUGAUUGCUCAUGGCUUCCAGUAGACUCAUGCCUUAACUUGAUUGGGAUAGGUUAUUCACUUUCUUUGUGUGUGUGUUUUGUUCACGCUUGUAUAUGUGUAGGUUGGGGUUUACCAGUUACUCUCAGUUGGGCCAAUCAUUCAAUUUUUGAAAUACAAGACAGGAGACAAUAGGGUGGAAAUGGGUGGCAAAAGGGGCUCAGGAGGUCUGAGAAUACAGUAGCCUGGGUUCACAACUUCACUACCCAGUCAAUUAAUGACAUUUACUGAGCGUUUACUGCGUGCAGAGCCCUGUACCAAACGUUUGGAAGAAUACAAUAGAGUUGGAAGAUACGCUCCCUGCCCUUGGGGAGCUUGCAGUCUAAAAGGGGCUUACAAGCAUUAGGAAAAUGUAUCUGUGGGGAGGUGGUGUACUGGUAUUAAUAAACCAUGUUUCAACACUUCUGC